GUGUUGGCAUUUGCAGACUUUUCUUCCUUUCUACUCUUUCCAAAUUUUGAUUGUUUUCUACUCAAACCAUUUUACUCACUCUCUUCUUCUUCUUCUUCUUCUUGGAGACAAAGGAAACUAACUCAUUUAACAGUCACACAAAACAAAAAUUCUGGUUUUUGAUACCUUCAAAAUUGAAACACUAAUUCAUGUUUGUCUAACAUGAUAAACAUAGUGCAACCAUUUCUGUUUGCAAAUUUCAAGUUACCCAUUUUCCUCUAUCUCCAGCAUAUUUUGGUUACAGGUUCUUGAAAGAAAAUAAGCGUAAAAAAUACUCUUUUUCUUUUCUUUGUUGAUGAUAAUGAAGAAAAGACAUUCCAAGGGAAGUUUCCUCAGCUUCUUUGAUUGGAAUGAAAAAUCUCAAAAGAAGCGAUUUUGUGACAAUCCUAAUUUACCUGAUGUUUCAAACCAAGCAAAGGAAAACAUGAAAAUCAUGCCAAUGUCACAGAUAGAUGAGAAUGGAGAAAAAACUACUAAUAUUGCAAGUAGUGAUGAAGAAUGUGGGACUAAUAAAUCCAUAGGGCUAGUAGCCAGACUCAUGGGUUUGGAUUCACUUCCUGAUGUUCCAACUGUCUCUCUUGAAACUUCUCAGUUUCAUGAGAUUGUUCUUCAUUCAAAGCCGGACUAUUGCAAUGUAGAUCCCACAAACACCGCACUUAAGUCGAACAAGUCUUUUUCGGGUGCCAUUGAAUCAUCAACAAUGAAGAAAUUUCAAAAUGAAACUUUGCAUCUAAGGUCUGCUAAACCUAUUUCAGUUACUUGCAAUAAACUUUUGUCUCCCAUCAAAUGUCAUGGUUAUACGCAAUCUAAGAAUGUAUCAUAUAUAAAGGCGGAAGAUGUUAAGAACAUUGAGGUAAGUCCCCGGCCAUAUACGAGGAACAGAAUGUCUUCAGUUGGAUCUUUAUCUGUUCCCUUGAGAACUCUUGAUCCGGAAGAGAAGUUGAAAGUGGCGCCACGUGGAUCAAAGUUGAACGUGAAUGGAAAACCUACUGUUAGGAGCAGCAACUUAUAUAAGUCUAGUCCAACCGUCAUAGGUUCAAGAGAUUCAGAAAAUAAUAACUUGCGCCGAGGUAAAGGAAAAUCUGAUUCACUUGUAACGCCGUCCAAAACCAAUGUUCAAAGUAGGGAUAUGUUGAAUUUGAAUGGAAAUAGGAGAUACAUGAAGCAGAAAAAUUGUCAUGGCGAAAACAUCAAUGUUCUUAGGCAGAAUGGUGUGACCAGCAAAGGUAAAUCAACUUCAAAAGUGGACACUAAUAAGCCAACACAAACUCGUUCUUCAGAAAGUUCGGCUGGAGCUAGGAAGACAACAAACAAAUGUGCUGUUAAUUCCAACAUUGAGUCCAAAAGAUCAAGCACAAGAGUAACUGAUAAGCAAAAGGAGUUUUCGGUAUCUAAAAGAAAGAGUUCUUCCCAAAAGAAAAGGUAUGAUCAGAAUGAUGCACGAUGUUCUUAUGAAAGCAAGUCCAUAAAAUGUAAUGUUACAAUUGAUGAAAGUCUUCACCAAGAUGCAUUUAGCAUGAAAGAAAGCAGGGAUGUCAUUUCAUUUACAUUUACAUCUCCAUUGAGGAAAAAAAUGUCUGAGUCGCGAUCAACUAUUGAGCAAGCGAUGAAAACAAGGACCAUAAUUGAUGUCGAUUCUUUUGAUCAUAGUGAUAAGGUUUAUCCCAAAAAAUUAUCAUUAUCUCAUACCAAGUUAAAUGUAAUAGAUGUUGAUGCAUUAAGUGUCAUGUUAUCUCACAUUAACCCACCUCAAUGUACCUCGGAAAUAGAAGGGUGUUCUGUUGGUUUUAAACCUAUUUCGGAAGACAGAUUUAACAGCAUGGUAUGCAACUCAUCAAGGGAACAUGGCAAUAGCUUUCACCUCUACAACAUGGAUGACAAUUGUUGUUCUUCAAGUGAUAAUAUGGUGCUUAACAUGAAUCAGCAACUUCAGAUAUUACCAACCGAAUAUCCGAGGUGUAGCAGCAAUAGUGAAAGCGGAAAUGGAUCAUGUUAUCAGCAUACAAGAACUCUUACUACUUUUCAUGAAAAUCAUUUCACCAGUAAAACUUACUUGGAUUGUGAAGAUAGCACACAUGGAGGCAGCACAGUUUAUUCUUCCAUGCAAGAUGAAGAAGUAUCUAGUUCUCAAAUAAAUGAAUCUAUAUCACCUAACUACAAGAAGAAUUGGUCUAAGAAAAGCUCUACAAGGAUGAUGGAACUUGAGUAUGUAAAGGAUAUACUUAGCAAUGCAGAAUUGAUGGAAGAAGAAUUAAUGGUAGGUGAGACAAACAAUAUAAUAAUGCCAACUCUCUUUGAGCUUUUGGAGAAUAAAAAAACUGGUGUAAAAAGCUAUGAAGAGUACUCUAAGCUUGAAAGGAAAGCUAUAUUUGACUGUGUAAGAGAGUUCUUAGAAUUAAGAUGUAGGCAAGUUUUUGUUUCAUGGUACAAAGCAUGGCCUAGAUAUGUGGAAUCAGUUAGUAUGAGGAAGAGGUGUUUAGCAGAAGAAGUGUAUAAGGAUAUGUUGGAGAUUAGAAGCAUGGAAGAAGAUGUAGUUGUGGAUGAGAUUGUUAGCAAGGACAUGAACACUCCAUUAGGUAGAUGGCUUGACUUUGACAUUGAAGUUUCUGAAAAUGGCUUAGAACUUGAACUUGACAUUGUAACAUAUUUGAUAGAUGAAUUGGUUUAUGAUUUGUGGCUUGUUUAAUCCCUUGGUCCCCAACCAUUAUGUGUUGGCCUCUAAGCUUUCUGUUUUUUCGCCGAACCAACAAAAGAAAACUCGUGUUAGCACCAACACUUAAUAUUGAAGGCGUAUCAGUGUGCAACAUAUUUGGUUA